CGUGGUCCUCAAUGUCAGCGUACUGAGUUAAGAUGGCGGCGUUUCGAGCAGGUCACUUGGCUCGAGCCCUUGUCAACAGAAAAGGACAAGGGAUUUAUAAAAUGAUCACCGGAUCAAGAGCAGCGUCUGGGGUACAUAAGGACAUGCUGCCGGGAUCUUACCCCAAGACUGCAGAGGAGAGGGCUGCUGCUGCUAAGAAAUACAACCUGACACCGCAGGAUUACCAGCCAUAUCCUGAUAAUGGCAUGGGAUUAGGAGACUACCCAAUGCUGCCAGACAAGUCUCAGCAGGAAAAUGACCCUUGGUACCAGUGGGACCAACAGGACCUGAGGAGGAAUUGGGGAGAACCGGUGCACUGGGAUUUUGACAUGUUCACCAGAAACAGAGUUGAUACGUCCCCUACCCCUGUGGACUGGCCCACCAUGUCUAAAAGCCUGCUGGGUUUCCUCUGCUUAAUGUUGCUCAUGUUUGGCCUGGGCGAGGUGUUCCCUGCCUACCAGCCGGUGGCUCCAAAACAGUAUCCUUACAACAACCUGUAUCUGGAGUAUGGUGGAGAUCCAGAGAAGGAACCAGAAGCAGUGAAAAAUUAUGAAAUAUAAUAACUGUAAUGUGUAUAUUAUCUAAUAAAGUAAAAAUAAUAAUCAUCUUUAA